CGGGGGGUUGCCUCUUGCCCGUAUUCCCAGGCUCUGAGGGGCCCCAUAGGGCUGAGGGAGGCAACGACCGCCCCCGAACUACAACUCCCAUGAUGCUCCUGCGUCCUGUGUCAGCAGCUGCGUGGUUCCCAUGGUGACCAGGAGUUGGGCCCGAGGUCAGAGCGCCCCCAGACCCCCGGCGGCCCCUGAGCAGCGAUGCCCAAACCCAGUGAUACUCUGUGGGAUAUUGCUAAAGCUGAAGUGGAGAAAAAAGAAAAUCUUGAAGGCAAUGGAGAUGGAGUGGAAGUUUGGGAAAAAUCACUACUCUUUAUGGGAAACAAAAAUGGGGGAAAGACUACUAUUAUAUUGAGGUGUCUUGACAGGGAUGAAAUUCCAAAACCAACGUUAGCCUUGGAAUAUACUUUUGGAAGAAGAGCAAAAGGUCAUAACAGACCAAAAGACAUUGCACAUUUUUGGGAACUAGGUGGUGGAACCUCAUUAUUGGACUUGAUUCAUAUACCAAUAACUAAUGACAACAUAAGGACUUUUGCUAUAAUUCUUGUUUUGGACCUUUCCAAACCUAAUGAACUGUGGCCAACCAUGGACAGUCUCCUACAGGUCACCAGGAACCAUGUGGAUAAAAUUAUAACUAAACUGGGAAAGACAAAUCCUAAAGUAGCUACUGAAAUUAAACAGAGGAUGUGGAACAAUAUGCCGAAGGAUCACCCAGAUCAUGAAUUAAUUGACCCUUUUCCAAUCCCUCUGGUGAUAAUUGGAAGCAAAUAUGAUAUUUUUCAUGAGUUUGACUCUGAGAUGAGGAAAAUAAUGUGCAAGACACUGAGAUUUGUUUCGCAUUAUUACGGAGCAUCACUAGUGUUUACCAGCAAAUCUGAGGCCCUCCUGCUGAAAGCCCGUGUUCUUAUUAAUCAUUUGGCAUUUGGCUUUGACAGAAGCAAAUCCGUAUCAGUGGAUCAGAAUAAACCAUUGUUUAUCCCAGCAGGAUUGGAUUCUCUAAAUCAAAUAGGACCACCACCCGCCUCUGACAGUGAUAUUGGAAAACUACAUGCACAUACACCUGUGGAUUUGUGGAAAAAAAUAUAUGAGAAAACAUUUCCACCUAAGCUGAAGAAUCAGUGGAACACUGAGGCUUUAAUCCUCUCGUUUAUCUGAAAUAGCACUCCUCAAGUGGGCUUCCGUCUCCUCCCAUCCCCCAGAAGUAGAGAAGCCCUGCAAGCAUGACUCAAAUUCAAGACAUGCUAUAGGCAGCUUUUCUGGAGCCUCCCAGGUUGCACUAUGCCCUGCUGCCACAAGCCCUCCCUCUGCCACUGCUUCCUCCCCCAUCGCUCCUCCACUGCAGGGUCAGGGGUUACUGUACGGGGAGCUUCUCCCCCUUCCGUCCAGCCUCCCUGCAUCUGGACCUUCCAUACCCACACACCCCUGCCAAGCCUUGCCCCAUAUACCCAGAACCCCCCUAGUUCUCCAUACCCGAAGCUCACCCUAUUGAACCUCAACCCCUGCAUCUGGAGCUGCCCUGCACCCAGACCACCCUGCAUUGAGCUCCCUGCACUCAGACCGCCACUCUAACGAGCCCCACCCCCCUGCACCACCUUGAGCCCCCACAUCGAGAGCCCCCACAUCAUUGACUCCCAACUAGCGGCACCCAGACCCCCACCCCACCAAGCCCCACUCCUCCAGCAUCCAGACCCCUCCUCUGAGCCCCAACCACCUUCACCUGGAAGCCCCUACAGAGUCCCAUUGCCCCUGCACCUGGACCCCCCGCAACAACCCUUUGUGCAUCCAGAUCCCCGCACUGAGCCUCCUGCACUCAAAUGUUCCCACACAGAAUCUUCUCACCACAUACCUAGAUGACCCCGCACUGAGCCCCUCCAUGCUUGGGUCCUGCCUGGUAGAGCCUGUCUGCCCCACACUUGGUGUGCCUGGCGCAGAGGGGCAGGGCGCCAGGGUGUUUCUGGGGCAGGCUCACGCCUUGUGCUGUGUCAGGGUCGGGUGCAGCCUCACCACUGAGUCUGUCUGGGGGCUGAGGGAUGGGAAGGCUGAUCUCCCUCCUUCGUACAACCAGUGGCCUG